AGAUUUAAAUAGCCCAGGCCCGAGGCAGCCAGGCCUCAGCUGUGGAUUCAUCUGCCUGUCCGUGGCUCUAUUGGCGCUGGCCCUGUAAGGGUGGGCUCUAUUGACUGCCCAGCUGUCAUUGACGUCCCCAACGGAGCCGGGUGGCAGCUGGAGGUAAAUAGCCAUGUGCAAGUCUCCUCUCUAUAUUUAACAGCUGCUACAGAGAAGGUGGUGGCUCCUGUCUUCUGGGAGAAGGCCCUUGGAACUGGGCUGGGACUGGCCUUCUCAUAGUAAGUGAGGUCACCAUGCCAGCUUCCCAGAGCCGGGCCCGUGCCAGGGAUCGCAACAAUGUCCUCAACCGGGCUGAGUUCCUGUCCCUGAACCAGCCCCCCAAGGGGACCCAGGAGCCCAGAAGCUCAGGUAGGAAGGCCUCGGGGCCCUCAACACAACCCCCACCCUCCAGCGACGGGGCACGGGAGCGUCGCCAGUCACAGCAGCUGCCCGAGGAGGACUGCAUGCAGCUGAACCCCUCAUUCAAGGGCAUCGCCUUCAACUCCCUGCUGGCUAUUGACAUCUGCAUGUCCAAGCGACUGGGGGUGUGUGCCGGCCGGGCUGCAUCCUGGGCCAGCGCCCGCUCCAUGGUCAAGCUCAUUGGCAUCACAGGCCACGGCAUUCCUUGGAUCGGGGGCACCAUCCUCUGCCUGGUGAGAAGCAGCACCCUGGCUGGCCAAGAGGUGCUCAUGAACCUGCUGCUAGCCCGGGCCCCAUAUCUCAGCCCUGGAAUCCUGCAGGUACCUGGAGUUGCUCAUGGCACCGUCACUAGGGAACAGAGAAGAGUGAGAUAAGAUGUCAGAGGUCAAGGAUGGACUGCAGAGAGAGCUCAGUGGCCCUGCUCUUGGACAUCAUGACAGUGGCUGGAGUCCAGAAGCUCAUCAAGCGCCGCGGCCCAUAUGAGACCAGCCCUGGGCUCCUGGACUACCUCACCAUGGACAUCUAUGCCUUCCCUGCCGGCCACGCCAGCCGUGCCGCCAUGGUGUCCAAGUUCUUCCUGAGCCACCUGGUGCUGGCGGUGCCACUGCGCGUGCUGCUGGUGCUCUGGGCCUUCUGCGUGGGCUUGUCUCGGGUGAUGAUCGGACGCCACCACAUUACAGACGUCAUCUCAGGCUUCAUCAUCGGCUACUUCCAGUUCCGCCUGGUGGAGCUCGUGUGGAUGUCCUCCAACACCUGCCAGAUGCUCAUCUCUGCCUGGUGAGCCGCCACUCACCACCCCCCUGGGCUCUGGGCAGAGCUGGCCCCAGAGAGGUGGCUAGAGGUGGGUCAGUGAGUGGGGACGGACCGACUCAACUUCCCCAACCUGGUCGGAGGCUGGUUUCUUAGUACUGUGGGGCUUGUCUUUCUCACUGGACUCUGCCUCCUCAGAGGCAGCCGGAACAACUCACGUGGGCAGUCGUGUUUACCCUCCAUUCCUUGUCUGAAGGCAACAGACAAGAACAAGAUGGCCGUAGGAGGGGCAGAGUCUUGUCAACUCGUCACCAUGACAGCAGUAGCUGUACUGUGCUACCACACCAUGGCACAAAGUUCGGGGAAGUAUGCCCACCACUCAUCCAACACAGGUCACCGACGGCUUAGGGUAGCACGUUCCAAAGGGUGCCUGGGGGCCCUGGCCCACUAGAUACUUCUCCGAAAAGGCUUUUGUGGUCCAGUACAUUUGGGGAAGUCCUGCACACUCGCCCUCACAGUGAAUGUUCACGAGAGGCACCCAGCCACUGAAGUCUUGUUUAGCUCAGCAUCUCCGAAAUUUACCUGACCAUAGGAGCCUUCUCUUCAGACAUUACUAUUAGCCCACCAGGAACCUAUUGAAUCUGGGAAGCUGCUGCCCAGGAGCCAGAGGGCCUGGGGUGUGAGCUAGCCUCUCCCAGCACUCAGCCCUGAGGCCUGGGGAAGGCAGGUGCCCACAGCAAGGCCUGCAGAAGGUUCCUGCCAUGGUCUCUGGGCGUCGAUGCCGCUUUGGCCCCCAGGGGCUGGACUCUGUGUGACCUAAUAGGUCGUUUCCAAGUCAAACACUUAGGGACAAUACAGUGAUAUGCAAAUGAA